CGUGACGUUAACGUCGCUCCAUAGAAACCUUGAUAUGGGAGUGUCAGGGGCGGGACAUUUACUCCUGUACUAAGUAUACAGCAACGAAUUUUAUUGGUAAUACCAAAAUGGGAUAAUAUGAAUCAUGAAAUUAAAAUUUAAUCAAAAUUACACGUCAAGAUUUAAAACGCCUACUAAGACGGUUUUCCGACCAACGAAAAAUAACGAAAAAUAUAGCACUGAAACUGACGAAAAAUCUGUAAAAUAUGCUCUCAUCAAACAAUGGUUAAAAGACAGUGAAAAAUGCGAUAAAGAAUGCCGAGAAGUGACUACAAACGUUAACAACUCUUCGAAGACCGGACAAACAGGAAGUGAUAGCAUGGGCUCCAGUGAAACUAGCAGUUUUUCCACGACUACGAAACAGACGAGCAGGGAGGAGUCGUCCACUACAAACGAAAAGUCGCAGACGACAAAAAUAGCGGCAAUGUUUGUCACGGCGUCCAGGAAUGUUCAACACGUGUCGAGUGACGUAGUCAGGGCAGACUGUAUGAACCAUGGGUAUAAGAUCGACAAGACUGUAGGCGAGGGCGCAUACGCGAAGGUGAAACUUGCCGACGUGCUGCCGUCGAAGAUGGCCAGGAAUGCCGACCUUGCUGACAAUGCCGACAAUGAUGGCAACUUGAAGGUGGCUAUCAAGGUGAUUGACGGGAGAAACGUGCCCCGCGAGUUCCUGAAGAAGUUCUUACCCAGAGAGCUCGCCAAUCACGUGCCCCUGCCUCCACACAAACACGUGGUGCGCGUGUUUGAGCAGUUCAAGUCCGGGGACCGGUACUACGUGGUGAUGGAGUUCUGCAGUCGCGGGGAUCUCCUUGACCUCAUCAACCAGCGCAUCAGCGAAAGCAAGAAGGGACUCGGUGAGGAUCGGGCCAGAAAUUUGUUCCGCAUGCUCGCUGAGGGAAUUCACCAUAUACACGCGCACGGGAUAGUACACAGAGACCUUAAAUGUGAAAAUGUUCUUCUGGACAAAGAUGACAAUAUUAAAAUAACAGAUUUUGGAUUCUCCACGAAAUUCAAGCCAGGUAUCAGCUCCCUGUUGAAGACUUCAUGCGGGUCUUACGCCUACACAGCACCGGAAGUGAUCAAGGUGCGACCAUACGAUGGCACCAAGUCGGACAUCUGGAGCAUGGGUAUCAUCCUGUUCGCUAUGCUGAAUGGCCGACUGCCCUUUAACGAUGCUCAGCUGUCCGAGCUCGAGGAGGACAUGAAGAUGCAGCGGCUCAGGUUCGAGCGGACCGUGUCAUUUGAAUCCAUGGUGCUGGUACGGCGGAUGCUCCAGUACAAUCCAUCCAGCCGCCCCGCCUUAGCGGACAUCCUGACCGAUCCGUGGCUCACAGGCCGCCGUGCCAUUCCCCGACAGCCUCUCAAACCAAAGUGGACAAACCCGUACCAACAUAAAUCCGCGGGCAAAACUGCUGGGAUGAUGUGUCAACCGGAAGUCACAAGCAGUGACGGAGUCGCCCUGUAUUACAAAGGCACUAUCAAUGAAAGAGGUCCAGAAGCCACCGUUACCCUCAGCCACAAUAAACACGAGACAGUUGUUCUGAAGAGUCGUACCGGAAGUACAAAAAAAAACAUUUGGAUAAGCGGGCCACCAGCUGCGCAGCGACCAAACACGUGGCCACGCUCGGACAAAACCGUCUGGAAGUCGUCUACAAAGCGAGGCUCCCCCACGCGGCGGUCGUCUGCUUCAUACCAAAACAACAUGACUAUUGGCGCUAAGCAGAGAACAAACAAGCCCUGCACAGGAAAGAACAUGAAAAACGCCAGGCUGUCACAAGAGUUGGUGCAAAAGCAUAUGGCAGAAAAAGAAGUCACGAGCAAUUCUACCGAAACUUGUGUAUGCUGCAAAGCGGACGCGGAUAUCAUCUGCCCGAAAACACGCCAAGGAACAGGAAAAGAUGAAGACGUUGAUAUGCUCAUCCUCGAUAAAGGUGACGUCAUCAAAACGGCAGUAACGUCUGUGAGUACAUUCGAUAAGAAAUACUCAUUAAAAGCCGUUAGCGCUAAAGCUCGGACCUCCGGUAGGAUGAUAUCAUCGGAAGUGUGUAAAAGUUUAUCUGCUUCUCCGCGCCGAAAGUCAACAAGUUCCGAUGCCAGAUCGGCGCUAGCAUCUGCUGUGUCUCCUGUAAAGUUGCCCAUGCAGCAACCAAUCUCCCCGGACCAGGGUCAAGGUCAGGUGCAGAGCUGGGUAAACUACAUGGUAAACCCGACCACGAGCCCCGCCGAGCGCGUCAAGUACUUCCGGGACCGCCUAAUGAAACUCUAUGGAAGCGAUGAGCGACCGGAGGCGCCGAACAACGGCGCCAGUGGUUUACCGCCCUUGUUGGUCCAAUCAAUGACGACGACAGUUCGAUCAGUUGACGCCAGCAACCCUGCCUCACCUCAGCCGCCACCACAACCGACGACGUCACGAAAAAUGUCUCAGUCGCCGACAAGAUGUUCCACCGGAACGCGACGUCCCUCUGCCCCCGCAAGCACGUGGCGGUCCGCGCGCUCUUUGAGGACUUCCGGAAAGUCUAAACUCCCGAUUAAACCUAAGCAACGCGUGGUUGUUCACUCGGCUGUUGUGUAAAUUAAUUAUUUAUUUAAUCAAAUAAAUAAUAGACAAAUAAAUUAUUUUGACUGUA